AUUUUUUCUCAGUGUUGUCAUACCUGGCUGCCCCGGCCUCUGAUGUCGGUUGGAAUGUGUGCUGGCCAUGAUUCAUCAACAUUUUUCGAUGACUUGGGCUGCGUCAGCGUUAUGGGAGAUCCAAGAGGUCAGCUUCUCCCGAAAAUAUUCUACGCAGCUCGUGAGACAGCCGCCUCCCUCGAAACUCCCUCAAUUGGUGAACCUAGUUCAUGAAUCAAGCGAUGUUAAUCUGAUUUGGCGGAACCUCUGACCCAGCAAUUAAUAAAUUGGAAGAGAGCAGCGCAGAGAGCUGCGUCGAGCUUUCGAGAGCUUUUCAGGGGCUUUCUCGAGCUCGGAGCUGGCAGCUACGAAGGCAUGAGAUGUGGGACUCGAAGUAAGCAGCAACUCGCGUGUUUGGGUCCGAUCGUUUCAGGGCCAGACGGGGACAGGCCAAUGAUUAUAGCGCCAGCACGUGCGUGGCAACAGGCUGAUAAGCCGAGAUGCUGUUCGAUCGGCCGAUGGCGAGUACUUUGUUUUUCGACCCGGGGCUUCCACCCAGCGGAAAACAUUCUCGACGUCAGCCCGAGCCCCUUUCGUCUGCAGUCUAAUAAUACAAUCAGUGACAACAAUGCGAAUUGUUUAUUAAUAAACCGCGUUAAGGGGCUUCAGCCUAUAUUGCUGGGGGCUGAUGUCCGACUUCUACCCGAGCCGCUGAUCAGUUACCGCUGAGCCGUUGGAUCGAUCGCACGGAGUCCGGAGUCAAGCGUUGAAAAUGAGCUUCAGUCUAAGCUUCCGCCCGCCCCUUCGCCUGGUGGUGGACCUAGUCCUGCUGGGCCUGCUCCUUAUCCUUAUAGAGAACUUUACCACCUUCUGGAGUCCGCCCACGAAGCGGGGUUUCUUCUGCGACGACGAGUCCUUGAUGUAUCCAUAUCACGAGAACACAGUGAGCUCUUCCCUGCUCCACCUGCUCGGCCUGUACCUGCCACUGCUCAGCCUGGUCCUCCUUGAAAGCCUCCUUUGUUACCGGGGAUCGACGGGUCCCUGGACGCUGACCAACACGGUUCGUUGGUUCCUCUAUGGCUACGUCUUUAACGACUUGCUCAAGGGCAUUGGCAAGCACACAAUCGGCCGGCUGAGGCCCCACUUCUUCGCGGUGUGCAGACCGCAAUUCCCGGAUGGGAGCAGUUGCGCAGAUGAGGCGCACCGAGGAGGACUCAAGUACCACACGGACUACGUCUGUCAACCCGAUCUGUCCCAUGCCAGCGAGGACAUGAUCCGAGAUAUACACGUAUCCUUCCCUAGCGGCCACUCCGCCAUGGCCUUCUACGGCCUAGUAUUCGUGGCGCUGCACCUGCGCCGCCGUCGCUGGCCUCUGCAGGGAUCCCUGCUGAGUCCUGUGCUGCAGCUGGCCUGCGUGGCACUGGCCUGGUUCGUCGCCCUCAGCCGGGUCAUGGACUACAAACACCACUGGUCGGAUGUUGCGGCCGGAUCGCUGCUGGGUGCCGGCACCGCCUUUGCGGUUAUCUGGGCUGCCGAGUUGGAGGAGCGGCAAAGGAGCUGCCAGGACGCACAGCCAUGUGCAAGUGCAAGUGUGAAGCAGGAGGCUGCGGUGGUCGAGGCAUCCCCAGCCAAGGGUGCCCAACAGAUGCCGCAUGAUUUGUGUCUGGUUACGUGCCAGAGCUCUAAUUAGUCGGGGUUGCAUUCCAGCCCCGGCCCUGCUAGUUUAAGGUUGACAAUAAAGUUACUGACAUGAGAA